GUUAUCUGAAGCCUCCAUGCGUGCUUCAGAUCCUCGCAAAAUGGCUGGCCUUUCGAGUGAUCUGUAAGAUCUGGCUUUAUCAUAGCUUCCCUUCCAAGUUGAGUUAACACUCAUCAACAUGCAGACGAACUUAAUUUGGAGUGUUGUUCUUUUUCUUUUGUUGCAAGGGACGAGGAUUCCAGCGCAGGACCCGAACUGUAAAAUUGACUUGGCUUUUGUGGCAGAUGCCUCAGGAAGUGUUGGUGACGACUGGGGCACUCUGCUCAAAUUCGUUGUCGAUGUGUCAAAGAACAUCAACGUCGGUCCUGAAGGCUCCCACAUUGCUUUGGUCAAAUUUGGAGACCAAGGUGAAAAAGUUCUCGAUUUUGAAGAGUUUGAUCCUGCAACUUUCAAAGAAGAUAACGUCUUUGGAAAGAUUACGUCGAUAGGAAAGCCGCCCUCUGGCGCAUCUAGGUUCAUCAACAGAGGACUUCGUGAAGUUAAUGAACAAGUCUUCCAGGAAGAAUUUGGAAUGAGGCCGGAUGUUAAAAAGGUGGUACUUCUCAUCACAAAUGGAAAACAAACCGCAAUAACUUCGCCAGAUGAGGUUGGUCCCAUUGACGCGUCAACAGAGUUAAAGGACAGGGGCGUCUACGUCAUUGUAUUGGGUAUUGGCCAAGUCGAUGUUAUAGAGCCGUGGAAUUAUGCUUCAAACGCCCAAGAAGUACUUCAAGUGGACGAUUUCUCUCAGCUAGAUUCCAAAGUGAAGGAAGUCAGUGAAACUCUUUGCCCUUUGUCAACGACUUCGCUGCCGACAACGACUCCUCUGGUGACUCCUGCCCCUCCUGUCCCUCAGCAACAACAGAUUCUCCCACCACGACGACCGGACCGCAAGGACCUGAGGGGCCUCCUGGAUCUCAAGGCCCUCCCGGUCCUCCUGGCCUUCCAGGGCCGAUUAUUAACAAUAUCACGAACGGUGGACCCGAAGAGCAACUACCACCAAUAUUUAUAGGCAGCAAAGGACCAAGUGUUGGGUAUAGGGAAGUUAGAGGGAACCGUGGUGACCCGGGUGAGGCUGGCUCAGUGGGCGUUCCUGGAAGGAGAGGGGUUGAUGGGGAACACGGAAAACCGGGGCCACCGGGCUUAGAUGGAAGCCCUGGCACACCGGGACCACCUGGACUUAACGGUCCCCCUGGUCAAAGAGGACGCCAUGGAGAAGACGGAAGUCCAGGUCGCCCUGGGGAUGUUGGAGAGCCAGGUCCGUCAGGCGCAUCGGGCCUUGGUUCUUUAGUAUCGCGCCUUUUUGGUUUUUCUGUCUAA